GGCUCGGAUGCUCACCUGGACUCCUUCGCGAGACGUGUAUCUCCCACCCCCCCUCACCCCACCCCAGCUGCGCGAUCGUCCCCCCGUCCGUCGGCGUGGACGCGCCAUGACGUCACGGUGCCAGGUAAACGCUGAAGGAAGGUUCGGCUGGUGAGGACUUAGACGAGGAAGGAGGAAUCACUCCGCGGUCGCGCACCUUUCGUGCUGGGGAUGCUGAGGAUGAGGAGGAUGAUGGUGAUGAUGAUGGAGGAAGGGUGGCUGCUGAUGCUGGCGCUGCUCGCCAUUGCGAGAGGCAGCCUGGGGGCCGACACGGAGGAGCGUUUGGUGGAACAUCUCCUAAAUCCUGCACACUACAACAAACUGAUCCGUCCUGCCACAAAUGGCUCGGAGCUGGUAACUGUGCAGCUGAUGGUGUCGCUGGCCCAACUCAUCAGUGUGCAUGAACGAGAGCAGGUGAUGACCACAAAUGUCUGGCUGACACAGGAGUGGCAGGACUAUCGCCUGACUUGGGUCCCGGAGGAGUUUGACGGCAUGCUGAAGGUCAGGCUGCCUUCCAAACACAUCUGGCUGCCCGACGUGGUGCUCUACAACAACGCCGACGGCGUGUACGAGGUGUCGUUCUACUCCAACGCGGUGGUGUCGUACGACGGCAGCAUCUUCUGGUUGCCACCGGCCAUCUACAAGUCGGCCUGCAAGAUAGAGGUCAAGCAUUUCCCCUUUGACCAGCAGAACUGCACCCUGCGCUUCCGCUCGUGGACCUACGACCGCACCGAGAUCGACCUGGUUCUCCGCGCCGACGUCGCCAGCAUGGACGACUUCACGCCCAGCGGCGAGUGGGACAUCAUCGCCCUGCCGGGGCGGCGGAACGAGAACCCGGCGGACCCCGCCUACGUGGACAUCACGUACGACUUCAUCAUACGCCGCAAGCCCCUUUUUUACACCAUCAACCUCAUCAUCCCCUGCGUGCUCAUCACCUCCUUGGCCAUCCUGGUCUUCUACCUGCCGUCGGACUGCGGCGAGAAGAUGACGCUUUGCAUCUCCGUGCUUCUGGCGCUCACCGUCUUCCUGCUGCUUAUCUCCAAAAUUGUCCCGCCCACCUCCCUGGACGUCCCCCUGGUGGGGAAGUACCUGAUGUUCACCAUGGUCCUGGUCACCUUCUCCAUCGUCACCAGCGUGUGCGUGCUCAACGUGCACCACCGCUCACCCACCACGCACACCAUGCCGCCGUGGGUCAAGGUGGUCUUCCUCAACAAGCUGCCCGCCUUGCUCUUCAUGCGCCAGCCGAGGAACAGCUGCGAGCGACAGCGGCUGCGCCAACGGCGGAGAGCCCAGGAGCAGAAGGAGGGCGGGCGCGGGGGCGAGGCGGGGGCCCUCAUGGUGGGGCUCGGGUUGGGGGGUAGCAACAGCGCGGGGGGCGGAGCCUCAUCGGCGGCAGUGUUCAACAAGGAGGACAGUGACCCUUGUACCUGCUAUGUGAACAGAGCGUCCGUCAAACAGUUCGGAGGGGACCUGGGUGCGAAGGGGGGGUCCCUGGACGGUCUGAACAGGGUGAGAGAGAGUCGGGAGGGGGGCUCUGGGAACCCCCCGAGAGGGAAGCAAGCAGCAGGGGGUCAGGCUCUCACGCAGGCUAUCCUGGCUCAAGCCUGUCCCGGCUUCGAUGAGGCGGUAGAAGGAGUGCGCUUCAUCGCCAACCACAUGAAGGGUGAAGACGAUGACCAGAGUGUGAGCGAGGACUGGAAGUACGUCGCCAUGGUGAUCGACCGCCUCUUCCUGUGGAUCUUCGUGUUCGUGUGCGUGUCCGGCACUUUGGGCAUGUUCAUGCAGCCGCUCUUCCAGAAUUACACAGCCAAGAGCAUCCACAUGCCCGGAUGAGCGGCGCCUCACGCGCAUACACACACACCUACACGCACACACAUGGCGAGCACGCUGACGGGACAGCGCCCCGACCCGCCCCCUCCACCCUUUGAGUCAGAGGUGCGAGAGGGGGCUUUUAUUUGCUCAAAAAGGGACAGGAUGUGAACGCCAACUUUCCAGAAACUUUUUUUUGUCAGGUGGUACUCUUACCUUUGCCGACCCCCCGACCCCCCGCUCGCUCUUCCUGCAUCAUAACCCCCCCCCCCCCUCCCGCCCCCAUUAGGGAGAAAAGCUGGAAAAUGUAAUUCCAUUGGUGAAUGAAUCCACCAUGAAGUGACCAGCAAACGCGGUACCUUCUGUCUAUAUUUCAGAAUAAAAGCACGACAGAUUGUUGUUGAGUCUAAGAAUGUUAGCAGGAAGUUUAAAAAAAAAGAAAACCUUCCAACCUCAGGACCACACCUCAUGAUGAUGAUGAUGCACACGAAGAUGAAGCUCAAAAAUAAUAUAGAAGUUAUUUAGUUAAGUUGUCAUCGUUGCUGUCAAAUUUCUGUUGCCAUCUUUCUUUCCUUGCCAUGUCUCCUAACUCCUCCACUUGUCUCUUUCUUGUCUUCCUUUUCCUGCAACACAUAUUUUCCUCCUUUCCUUCCAAACCAGGGGUGUCCAAACUUGUUUUUAAGGAGGGUGUUACGGUUGUACAGGGGAAGAAGACGGCACAGAAAGGAGGGACGUCAUUUUAGCUCUCUGUUUAUUUACAUAUUUGGACAAUGUAUAUAAAUAGGAAAUAAUAAUAAUAAUAAUAAACAAGGGAAUGGAGUGGGACUAAUCCAAAAGUGUAUGGUGUGCAACUAUGUGUAGGAAUUAAAUGAGGAGUGUUACCCGUAGUGUUGAGCGAGAGGCGGAAGUCCAAGAGGGGCAAGGCUGGCUCGGGGGUCCGUGAGCAGUUGUGAGAUCGAAAGGAAGGGGUACAGGCGGAAGGUCGAGAUCCAAGAGGCAGCCAGGGAAGCAGAGGGAAUACGGGUAGACGAGACACACAGCUCGUGACGCGGGCACGGAGGUACGCUGCUGGAAGGCGACAAGGGGGACAUGAGACAAAUGAACACAACAGGGGAGAAACACAGAGAAAGAGAAAGAGUGCAUAGAACUUGCUAGGUUCAGCUUACUGUACAGGACAGGUCGCUACGUUCUGGCCCAGAAUAGCAGGUUGCGCUGGCUUAAGAAGGCAGCUCUUCUCAUCAGUGACAGGUGUGUUGAUUGCUGAUGAUUGAAUGCAGCUGCUUGCUGCAGCCGGCGUGGAGCUCCUGGAAGUGCGCCCAGCGCAGCGCACAGAUGAAUGUGCAAUGCAAAUCAAAGCAUGCGGGGGCCAUUUUGAUAUUUUUCACUUUCAAAACCAAUAUGUAGAUUUUUUUAUAAGCUUUAGGGCUCCCCUUAACAAUUUCUCUUGUGAAUCAUUAAAGUUUGCCUCAGUCUUAGUGUUGAAAAUAAUUCAUAUAUGUAUUUUCUUUUUAUUGAUUUAAUGCUUAAAUCUCUAGAUCAGGUGUAUGUUUUGCAAUGUUGUAUGCCCUUUUUGUCAAAACCCUGUUUUUUUUAUGGCAAAAACACAAACUAUGCAAUAUUUCCCGGUAAAAAUAAUUUCCAAGUGGAAUAUUUAAUGUCAUGUAAGCGGAGCCUUGAAUAGGUCAAUGAAUUAUAACAACAUUGAUUAUUAUUAUUAAUUCAUUAUUAAUUUUUUUUAAUCAAUGACAGUAUCUACAAAAAAAAAGUCCCACUAGAAUUAUCGGGGAUCCAAAAAAACGACCCACUCAUAAAAGUGUUAAAUAUGAUAUUUUUUUUAGAAUUUUUUAAAAUGUUUUUGUUUGUUGUAUGCCCUUUUUGUCAAAGAAAGACAUAUUUUAGACUUAAAAUAUGCAAUGUUUUAAGUGGAAUUUUUUAUGUCAAGUAAUUGGAGCCUUGAAUAGGUCAAUAAAUAUUUUUUGAUCAAUGACAGUAUUUACAAAAAAAAAGGCCCACUAAAAUUUGAGGUGUUUCCAAAAAACGGCCCACUCAUAAAAGUGUUAAAAAUUAUCAUUUUUUUAUUAUUUUUUUCAUGUUUUUGUUUGUUGUAUGCCCUUUUUGUCAAAGAAAAAAAUGUUUUAGACUUACAAUAUGCAAUAUUUUAAGUGGAAUUUUUGAUGUCAAGUAGUUGGAGCCUUGAAUAGAUCAAUACAUAUUUUUUGAUCAAUGUCAGUAUUUACAAAAAAAAAAGUCCCACUAAAAUUCUCAUAAAAGUGUUAAAAAUUAUCAUUUUUAAUAUUUUUUUUCAUGUUUUUGUUUGUUGCAUGCCCUUUUUGUAAAAAAAGAAAAAAAUGUUUUAGACUUAAAAUAUGCAAUAUUUUAUGUAUAUUUUUUUAUGUCAAGUAAUUGGAGCCUUGAAUAGGUCAAUAAAUAUUUUUUGAUCAAUGUCAGUAUUUACAAAAAAAAAGUCCCAUUAACAUUCGAGGUGAUUCCAAAAAACAACCCACUCAUUAUUAUAAUUUUUUAUUAUUUUUUCAUGUUUUUUGUUUGUUGCAGCCCUUUUUGUCAAAGAAAAAAUGUUUUAAACUUAAAAUAUUUUAAGUGGAAUUUUUAAUGUGAUGAAAUUGGAGCCUUGAAUAGGUCAAUAAUUCAUAACAUUGUAUUUGAUUCAUUAUUAUUUUUCGAACAUCCAUCCAUUCGUCCAUUUUUUACCGCUUGUCCCUUUUGGGGUCGCGGGGGGUGCUGGAGCCUAUCUCAGCUGCAUUCGGGCGGAAGGCGGCGUACACCCUGGACAAGUCACCACCUCAUUGCAGGGCCAACACAGAUAGACAGACAACAUUCACACACUAGGGCCAAUUUAGUGUUGCCAAUCAACCUAUCCCCAGGUGCAUGUCUUUGGAGGUGGGAGGAAGCCGGAGUACCCGGAGGGAACCCACGCAGUCAUGAGGGAGAACAUGCAAACUAAAUCAUAAGGUUCAUGCAUUUUGGCAUGGGAGACGAGCGUGCUAGCUACCGAGCUAAAACCCUGUUUUUCGAACAAUGACAGCUUAAGAAAACGGCAGCUUUGAGUUAACAUUGCAACUUUUUUUGAUACAUUUCACUUGGUUGCUCCUCUAGUCCACAUUUUAUGGGUUUUUUUGUUUAGUUUUUUUUAAUGCAGUAGUGCAGUGUUUUUCAACCUUUUUUUGAGCCAAGGCACAUUUUUUGCGUAGAAAAAUCAGCAGAAAUCGUUAAAAAACGAAACUCAGUGACAGUAAAAAGUCAUUGUCGCAAUUGUUGGAUAUGACUUUAAAGCAUAACCAAGCAUGCAUCACUAUAGCUCUUGUCUCAAAGUAGGUGUAUUGUCACCACCUGUCACAUCACCCCCUGACUUAUUUGGCGUUUGUUGCUGUUUUCCUGUGUGUAGUCUUUUACUUCUUGUCUUGCGCUCCUAUUUUUGUGGCUUUUUCUUUUUUUUUGGUAUUUUCCUGUAGCCGUUUCAUGUCUUCCUUUGAGCGAUAUUUCCCGCAGCUACUUUGUUUUAGCAAUCAAGAAUAUUUCAGCUGUUUUUAUCUUUCUUUGUGGGGACAUUGUUGAUUGUCAUGUUCGGAUGUCCUUUGUAUGUCCACAGUAAGUCUUUGCUGUCGUCCAGCAUUUUGUUUUUGUUUACUUUGUAGCCAGUUCAGUUUUAGUUUCCUUCUGCAUAGCCUUCCCUAAGCUUCAAUGCCUUUUCUUAGGGGCGCUCAAAUGUUGUUUAUUUUCGGUUUGAGCAUCAGACACCUUUUUUACCUGCACACUGCCUCCCGCUGUUUCUGACAUCUACAAAGCAAUUAGCUACUGGCUGCCACCUAUUGAUCUGGAAGAGUAUUACACGGUUACUCUGCCGAGCUCUAGACAGCACCGACACCCAACAACAACACAUCAUUUGCAGACUGUAAUUACUAAUAUUUUUUAACCCAAAUAGGUGAAAUUAGAUAAUCUCCCACGGUGGUUGAAAAACACUGAAGUAGUGGACCGUGGACCGUAAAAAAUUUAGUGGGACACUUUGGACACCUGUGAUGUAUACAUUACCUUUUGUUUUCCUCCUUUCUUAUCUUUCCUUGCCUAUUUUUCUCCUCUGUUGUCUCAUUUCCUCAUCUACCUUACAUUUCCUUUACUCCUCGCCUCCUUAUUUCCUUCCCUUAGUUGCCUCAGUCUCCUUGUUUUCCUCUCCCAGCUUUUUUUCCCCUUCUCUGUCCUUCCUGUGCAUAUACAGUCGGAAACAUACGCUCCCUGCCACCAUCUUUCCUAUCCUCUCCUCUGGAAGAAACAUUUCAUCCACACUGCUCACACGCCCUGCCACAGACCAGCUAAAGGCUUUUUUCGGGCUCACGCUGUCGGGGGGGAAGGGAGCGCGGCUGAAUGAAUUUUUCAAUAAAGAAAGAGGAGAUGUGGACUAUGAGUCACCAGCAUCAGCAGGAAAGAGGAUGCAUACUGUAGGGUUAUGAUACACCGUGAUCAAUGAUAUCAUGCGGACCUCCAGCAAGAGCACAAGUCCGCUGUUGCUUAUUUUUACACUCACAGGAACUCUGAAGAGUCGGACAAUUUUCAGUCGGUCCCUAAAAUGUGUCUCUUUGACCCUCUGACCUAUCCACUCUCUGUCUUUGUCGUCUCACUGAUGCAAACAUGACACCCCCUCCCUCCCCCCCAACUGUGGCAGUCCAAUAAAGGUUGUAGGUUGAGCAGGGAUGUGUUUGUGUCAUGGACGCAUGCAAACUCACACCACACCACCUCUUCAAGUGAACUCGCUUUGGUGCUUCGCCGUUUAACCCUUAAAUGCACUCAAUGACCCCAUAGGUUGUUAUUCUUCAAAAUCUUAGAAACGAAA